AUUGUUGAGAUAUUCACUUGCCAAGAGACGUUUAAGUUCGUUUUUAUUCUGUGUUAAGUGAUGCUUGAAGUUUUUAUCGCUGCGGUAAUAUCGGUUUUGAUCUACACUAUCAUUAGGUACAGGUGUCACGGGUGGACUAUCGAUUCGAAAAUGUCUCGCAGGAAGGGUGCUGUUAUCGGUGGUGAUGCUAAGAAAAAAAGGUUUACAAGCCAAUCGUGCCAGGUGGAAGUGAUUGAUAUUUCUGAUGACGACAGUUGUAAUGAAUCAUCAGUUGAUCGAUCCAUUACUAAUUCUAAAAGAAUGAUAUCCAGUAGUAAUUUGACAAGUAAAUUUGAAUUAAGAGACCAUAUAAUAACUGAUGACGAAGAAGUCAGUAGUUCCGUGUUUUCGGGGGACCAAAGUGCAAGGGCAUCGUCAUCGUCAUCGUCAUCGUCAUCGUUAAAACGAGGCGUAUCAUUGUUUUCUUGGCUCAGAACUGCAGUACCAAAGAAUCAAAAUUUUACAAGUUUUACAUCUAAAAGUAACAAAAAAUAUCAACAGACUAAUAAGGAUGUUAACACAUGCCCUAUGACCGAAUCGGAUGACGAUAACUUAGAUUUUACAAAAGAAUCUCUGUCUUCCUUCCGGGAAACUAAUUCAACUAUUAUACAUGAUGACAUUUCACACAAACAAUCGGUUGACCAAUUGAAUUCAUCAGAAGUAAUGGAGGCGACUAAUAAUGAAAAUUUAGACAAGUAUAAUGCAUCAACAGACAGCACAGAUUCAGAGCAGGAGGAUGUUAAAACUAUAAACAUGACAGCUAAACCCGGUAGAGCCGAGUUAAGUCCCCAACACGAUAUGACAAUUGCCGGCAUCAAGGUCACACUUCCUGUAAAACCCUAUUCCUGUCAAGUAGCAGUAAUGAAUAUGCUUGUGCAAGGAUGUACAAAAGAACAAAACUGUCUUCUGGAAAGCCCUACUGGAAGUGGAAAGACCUUGGCCCUACUCUGCGGUACCUUAGCAUGGCAAAAUCACUACGCUGGUGAGAUUCAAAAGCAGGCGGAAAAAGAACUUGGUAUUGUUCACGGCGAGAAACGAGAAGUCGACGGAAGUGCUUCUGGGAAUUUAGCCUGUCAUAAUUUUGGAGCAGGUGAUGCUGCAAUGGGGAAGCCACAGAAGCAUGUUUGUGAUGCAAUGGUGGAAGAAUGUGACAAAGGCAAAGGGGCGAAGAAGAAACGAGUGCCUAAAAUAUAUUACGGAUCCCGAACUCACAAGCAAAUCGAACAAGUCAUUAGAGAACUUAGGAAAACGGUGUAUAAAGACAAAAGGAUGACAAUAUUGAGCAGCCGAGAACAUACAUGUUUACAGGAGAGUAAAAGAAGCAAGACUGAACUUUGUAACGAACUGUUGGACCCUCUUCAGAAUAAACACUGCCAGUAUUAUAACGAUACCAACCGAAGAUCCAUUUCGACCAACUUUGAACUAAGUAGAAAAGGACUCGAAACCCCAUGGGACAUAGAAGAUUUGGUAAACCUUGGAAAAAAGGCGGCAGCUUGUCCAUAUUUUGCUGCACGAGCUCUGAUGGUUGAGGCGGAUAUAAUAUUUUGUCCUUACAAUUAUCUGAUCGAUCCUGAAAUUCGCAACAGCUUGCAAAUCAACUUGGAAGGAGAAAUAGUCAUUCUGGACGAAGCGCACAACAUAGAAGACAUUUGUCGAGACGUCGGCAGUGUAAACUUCAGACUUGAUCACGUGUUGGAUGGCAAAAGGGAGUGCGAAAUGUUGCUGAAGAUGGAAUCCCCGCAUCACGACCCUAAAGUAUACGAAAUCAUAAGAGACUUUCUGGAUUCUCUAUCAAGGUUCAUCUCGGCGGCCUAUCUAGAAGAUACGGAGUCCUUCAGCCAUUCCCGCUGGACAGGCGAAGAGUUGUUGGAAGUGUUCAAUAGGACUCCAGGUCUAGAACGAUUACAUCAUGUAAGUUUCAUAAACGCGAGUAGUGCAGCAAUUGCAGAGUACAACGACGUGAAGGAGAGUUUGCGACAAGUAAUAAAGAUUCAUGUAACACCAACCAUAUCUUACGGAACUAAGAAAAUGCUGGAGCAUUUGAUAUUCGCUCUCGAGAUGAUUUCAUCGGAUAUAUUCACGAACGAUUACAGAGCCUACGUGCAAAAGAUGGUAGUGAAGGACAGUACACAUGUAACCACUGAUGUUUGGAUACCUGCCGUUCGCAUUCAUUCUGGAAAAGUUCGAACAUUGCAUUUGAUAUGCAUGAAUCCUGCAGCAAUAUUUGCGCCCCUCGCCAACACUGCACGAUCCAUCAUUUUGGCAUCCGGGACUUUGGCACCAACCAACACCUUCCAAAGUGAGCUUGGCACCAAGUUUUCUUACACAUUACAAGCAAAUCAUGUGAUUUCCAAGGAUCAAGUGUACAUCCGUGGAAUAGCCUCUGGACCAACGAAGGUUCCGCUCAAAGCGAACUACACAAACGUGAAGACGUGGCCUUUUCAAGAUGAACUUGGCAGAGUUCUCCUCGACGUAUGUGAGACCGUUCCCCAUGGCAUUCUCUGUUUUUUCUCGUCAUAUAACAUGAUGAACAUGCAAAUUAACCGGUGGAUGGAAAGCAAUUAUUGGUUAAAGCUUUCGCGGGUCAAGAAAAUUUUUACAGAGCCGCGCUUUAGCAAUGAUUUGGUGGAUAUUAUGAGAGACUAUCGCAACUGCAUUGCGAGCACAUCAAAUGGUCCACAAGGAGAGAUUACGGGCGCUCUUUUAUUUGCAGUAUUCAGAGGAAAAGUCGCUGAAGGAAUUGACUUUAGCGACAACGACGCUCGCUGUGUGUUAACAGUUGGCAUACCGUUUGCUGUUAAAAACGACCCAAUGAUACAGAUGAAAGUGAAAUAUAAUGAUUUGAAUAAAUCAAAAGGUUUGCUCAAGGGUGACGACUGGUAUACAGUUCAAGCAUUUAGAGCACUGAAUCAAGCACUAGGUCGAUGCAUCAGGCAUAAAAAUGAUUGGGGAGCAGUUCUUGUUAUAGAUGAAAGAUUUCUCCAGCAGUCCAAUAUCAAUUAUUUACCAAAAUGGGUCCGGUCUAUGUGGACUAAACGACUGAACUAUAACUUAAGAGAGGAUCUUCAACAAUUCGUGGAAGAACGUAUGAUAAGAGAUGAAGAAGAGUCCCUGUAAUUCCAGUGUAAUAAUAGUUUAAAGAUCUUUUAUGCAUGACAGUAAACGACAAUUUUCAGAGAUUCAUAAUCCUGGACCGGAAAGAAAAGAGUAAUAUUCUACUGUACCUCGUUAACAAAAUGUAGAUAUCUGUGAUAUCGAAUAAUCAUUAAUAUUUCGUAAGGUUAACUGAUAAUUAAGAUAUUGGAUAGCAAAUAAGUGUAACAUGAAUGGUUUUUUAGUUUAUAUACAGUUUUUAUGUAAAAACGAGUUGAAACAUUAAAGAUUAUUUCAUUAGA